ACUGUGGUAUGUCAUGUCAUCUAAUGUCACAAAGACAAACAUAAAGAGCAGAAGAAAUCAAAUCAUUAAAAAACUCAAGUGUGAUCUAUAUUGAAAUUAGCAACGUUGACAAAAUUGGUCUAUAAUGGCAGACAAACGGAAAAUUAAGAAACGUAAAGAGGAAUUCGGAGAACCAACAGAAUCAGAGAAGGCGACCAGCGAAGAGUAUUCGGUGGCGAAAUGGCUGAAGAACAAUGUACCCACAAAGAAAACGAAAUUUCUAAAUCAUCAUGUCGAAUAUUUUACAGGCACAAAAGCGGUGGACGCCCUGCUAACGUCCAAGUGGGCGACCGGCAAGAACCCUAUAUUCACGACCCGUCACGAGGUCACAGACUAUCUCCACCAAAUGCUACUGCACAAACUGUUUCACAGAGCUAAGAAGGUUCCUGUCACUGAACAAGAACUGAAAGGGAAAUCAAAGAAGAAAGAUAAAGAACAAGAGAAAUCGAGUAAAAGUGGUGAUGAUAAAGACGGUGAGAAGAGUCAAGCUAGUGCCUGCGAGGGGAAGGAAAGUAAAGACGGCAAAGAGAAAGAGAAGAAGAAACGCAAGAUCCGUCUGGAGAUGCACUUGGAGCAGGUGUUCCUCGACACGGCGGACGCGUACGUGUGGAUCUACAACCCGAUGCCGUGGUACUACUGGCUCUUCGGCGCCCUGGUCGUCCUUAGCACCAUCACCGUCUGCAUGUUCCCUCUGUGGCCUGCUACUGUCAGAAAAGGUGUAUACUACUUAAGUAUUGCUGCAGCGGCGUUCCUAGUGAUGAUCAUAGCCCUGGCGGUACUCCGCGUGGUCGUCUUCUGCCUAGUUUGGAUCCUGACUCUCUCCAGGCAUCAUCUGUGGUUGCUACCAAACCUCACAGAAGACGUAGGCUUCUUCGCUUCAUUCUGGCCGCUUUACAAGUAUGAAUACCGCGGACCCGGCUCCGACUGUGACAAAUCGUCGAAAAAUAAGAAGAAGCGCAAGAAAGACAAGCAGUCGGACGACGAGAGCGAGAAAGCGCCGCUGUUGACCGAGCAGCCAGCGGACAGCGUGUCCGAAGCACCGCCCGAGAUAGACACUGGGGAGAUUAAAGAGGAGCCCCUUCUGCCGAGCACAGACAAGCAGUCAGAGUCCGAGUCUGAGAACAGUCAGCGCUCGUCAACGGAUCGGGACUUCGAGAUCGUGGAACCGGGUGACGUCGAGCCCGACAGGGAUUCCAAUGCGUAGGUUCCGUACAUCUGUUGUGUGAUGCGAACGCACUGGGGCGCAGCAAGUUGAAAUCACUGGAUUUUUUUUUAAUUUUUUUUUUGUGCAACUCAGUAUGGCAAGCUGACGGCCCACCUGAUGAAGUACUAACCAAUGCUUAUAGCCAUGAAUAAUAAUAUUGUAAUAUUUGAAUAGAUUGAGAUUUUCGACGAACUUUUAAUGUUUUUGUUUUUUGCAAAUCGUUUAAAUAAAAUUGCCAAUUCCAUUGUAUUUUUUAUGUAAUCUCUAAGCCAGAUUCUCUCUAAUUUCGUUUUUCUGUUGCAUACGUUUACCAUCCUUUCUGAUAUUAAAUUGUUCGAUAUAUAAAAUGCAUUUAUUUACAAUAACCAUUUUAUUAAUUAAAAAAAAAAAACAAAAUCUUUUUUUUUGUCACUUUUAUUCAAAUUGAGAUUUAACGCAAGAAAAAGGGAUAAAAACAUUAAUGGAUAAGACACAUUUAUUAUAUAUUUAAAGUUUUUAUAUUUAUUUCUUAAUAUCGUCAUAGUCGUAGAAUACUGACGGAUCUAUAUAUGUAAUAUUUGUCAGAUCCGUCAGUAUUCUACGACUAUGACGAUAUAAGUUAUACUUGAUUGAAAUUUUAUUUAUUAUAUAUGAAAAUAAUACGCUGUGGUUUUAGUUUAUUUGCUCUCAAAACAGUAUUAUUUGUUGCUCUCCCAGUGCGUUCCAUAUCCAUAGACUGUAGAUUAGUAUAUUAUAUUAAUUGGAAGUAUUCCGAAUCAAGGGUAUUGUUGUUCUGGUGUUAAAUGUUUUUCGGUUGAAGCCUAGUACGAGUGGUUUAAAUAAAUCAUGGUUAGUGAAGUAAUCGUCUCAUAUACGCACUAAUGUUUAUAAUAAUUCAGCUAGACGUACAUUACACGCUAUGAAAAUGUACAAUUGAAUAUGGACCGUAACAAUUAUAUGGUAGGGCUGUGAUUUGUUUGAUUCCUUAAUUGCUUUUUCAAUCAUGAGUUUUUUUUUUUUUUUUAUAAAUUUUUACAGUAUAAUACAGUUUGUUAUUGUAUUAAUGACAUAUUCCCACACUGUGAAAAUACUGCGUGAUGUCUUUUCUGUUAUAUAUGUAUUGUAGAGAAUAACUGCCGUGAAAAAGUCUAUAUUAUUUGUCUCUUUUUAAUAAUACAUAGAAAAACUCAAAAAAAAAUUACUACGAAUGUAACUGGAAAUUGGUAACAGUGAUCUAUUAGCAAGUAUAAAUUUUAAAUUUAGUUUUUUUAAAUCUAAUUCAUCACGAUAUCAGCCGUUAACUGUCCAGUGCUGAACAUAAGCUUACCCCAUAAGAGGGGAGAAUUGCCAGUAGUUGCCAUUGUUGACAAGUGGGUUGGCAACCGCAGUUAGGAUCUAGUGUUAACUGUCUAACAGUGCUGAACAUAGGCUUACCCCAUAAGAGGCGAGAGUUGCCAGCAGUUGCCUUUUUUGGCAGGUGGGUUGGUUAAAACAUCACCAAAGCCUAAUCGCAGUUAGGCUUUGGUAAUGUUUUAAGAGAGACGCUGCUGCCCAUCCGCGACAAUUAAGUUCCCUUAGUCGCUUCUUACGAUACGCACAAGAAAGGAAGGGAUUAAAUCUAAUUACUUGUAUGUGAUUAAAAAUUAAUAUUUAUCGGUACCUUUAUAUUGUUACCUGUAUCCAAAUAAUGUUAAAAAUGUGAUUUAUUAAAAAAAAUGCUUAAUUAUGAAGCUCCAUGAAAUAUAAUCCAAGUCAUAAAUUAACAUAAAAAAUUAUUCUACUAAAAUUUACACAGGAAAUAGUAUUUGAUACGGUAACAAACUGUAUAAUACCAUCUUGAUAACUUGUUCUAUAAAGAAAAGAGUCCUUAUUUACGGUGCAGUUGUAAUUCCUAUGGCCAAAAUUACUGGAUAGUACUAUGGACCUCAGGCAUGGUAGCACAUGAGGGUUACUAUAGAAGUGUCUAUGGUCAUGUUCAUUUUUAUUGUCUAUGGUUAUCACUUUUCAUCAGGUAGACUGUCAGCUUGUUUGCCAUUCCAAGAUGUAUAAAAAAAAAUUAACCGGGAAGAUUUUGUUUUGGCUUUAUAUUAGUUCUUUAUUAUUUUUACAUAAUCCAUAUCUAUCUGGCUAAAUAAAGAAUAAAGGUAUGAUAUAUAAAAUCUAGAAUCUUGCCCUGUGUUUUCGAAUAUGCUCCAUAGACAAUUUUUAUGCAUAUUAUUUGUUUUGUUAUGUCCAAUAUGUUUAUUUUUUGUUUAUAUGGUGCUGCGGUUAUAGUUAGUGACUGCAUUGAAUAAUUCCAUGGAUUUUGGACUUUAAAUAUAUUUAAAAUUAAAUCUACUUGAGUUUAUAAUACCAAAUGAUUGGUUUGAGACAAUUAUAUUAAUCUCAAAAUCAGAUAUACAUAUAUGUGUUUGUAAGUAGAAAUUUGAUUUCUUUAUAUAAUCGUAUGUACUUAUUUUUUUAAUUUUAAAAUUAGCGUGUUUAUAAUUUAUUAUAGCGAUACCAUAUGAUAUUUUAUCGUCAUAACUCUAAUAUGCACCGAUAUUUAAAUGUCUCCAUACAAUUGCAUAUGUUUUGCUCUCCUAUUAUACUGUGACGGUAAAAUGGAACCAUAUCAUGCUGUGCUAAGUUAAAUUAUAAACAUCUCUAAUGGCAAAUGAGUUUUUUUUUUUAUUUUUUACGUCACAUACACAAGGGAAGUCCAAAAUUCUUUAUAUAAUAAUUUGUUAUGUUCAUAAAAUCGUUUAUAAAUUUUGUAGAUACGAAACGAAUAUAUUAUUUUAAUAUCUAUACACUAUAUUAGACUUGAAAAUUAUGUUAAAUGAAUUUCCGAUAAUAUUUUGCAUUCUGUAUUUGUAUAAAAUUGUACCUUAAAUUCAUAAUGAUAAGUAUUACAAUAUUAUCUGCAUUUUUCUCUCACUGGCCCGUACACGUGUAUAUCUGUGUUUGUAUUGUAAAUACAUACUCAUAACAAGAUCUUAUUGGUGUUAUUAAACAACGUGUAGGUAUUUAUGUCAAUCAACGGCAAUUCAAUAAAAACGAUACUCUUUUUAAA